CGUGACCCGGUGUUUGGCGCCAUCUUUGCCGCAUGUUAGUCUGUCUGGCUCCGGAACUCGUAGGGAGAAGAAUUUGACCAACUAGAAUAAAAGAAAAUGGCAGAUCCAGAGAAGGGAACAGAGGCAACGCCAGCGCCAACUCAGGAGGAGGAGAAUAUGUCUGAAGAUGAGGUGGAAGUUGACGAGGAUGAAGAGGGAGGUGGUGAGCGCAAGGAGCUGGUAGACAAACUGAUGAAGGAUCCCCAGGUGCUGGCUGCCCUACAGACCAAACUCCGUCGCUUCCUUGGCACUCCCUCGGGUUAUAUUAGUUCUCUGCCCACAAUUGUUAAGAGACGUAUAAAGGCAUUAAAAAAGCUCCAACUCCAGUACACAGACUUAGAGGCAGAAUUUUACCAAGAAGUUCAUGCUUUAGAGGUUAAGUACGACAAGAUGCACCAGAGCUUGUAUGAGAAGCGAAGACUAGUAGUGAACUCUGAGCAUGAACCAAAUGAUGAGGAAUGUGACUUCCCUUCUGAUGAUGAGGAGGAAGAAGAUAAGGGCCUUAGUAAAGACAUGGAAGAAAAGGCAAAAAUAGAUGAGAAGGAAGAAUCAAAGGUGCACGACUUUGAUGAAAACACCAAAGGCAUUCCGGAGUUCUGGCUGACUAUCUUCAAAAAUGUUGACUUGCUUGCGGAGAUGGUUCAAGACUACGAUGAACCAAUCUUGAAGCAUUUAACAGAUAUCCAGCUGAAGUUCCAUGAUCAACCAAUGGGCUUUACCCUAGAGUUUCAUUUCAAGGAAAACGAUUACUUCACAAACAAGGUUUUAACAAAGUAUUAUGAAAUGAAAUGUGUUCCAGAUAAGGAAGAUCCCUUUGGCUUUGAGGGACCAGAAAUCUUUAAAUGCAAGGGAUGCACCAUAGACUGGAAGAAGGGCAAGAACGUAACGGUUAAGACAAUCAAGAAGAAGCAGAAACAUAAAUCUCGAGGAGCAGUUAGGACAAUAACUAAGACUGUACAGAAUGAUUCCUUUUUCAACUUCUUCAACCCCCCACCUGUUCCUGAGGAUCCCGACGAAGAGAUGGAUGAUGAUACCCAAGCCUUGUUGACAGCAGACUUUGAGAUUGGCCACUACAUUCGUGAAAGAAUUGUUCCCCGAGCAAUUUUGUUCUAUACCGGUGAAGCUUUGGACGAUGAAGACUUUGAGGAAGAGGAGGGAGAAGAAGCUGAUAACUUGCCUCCAAUUGGAGAGGAAGGUGAUGAUGAAGAGGAGGAAGACGAUCCCGAUUACGAUCCAACGAAAGACAAGGCAGCUAAAGGUCAGCCAGCAGAAUGUAAGCAGCAGUGACCUAAUGGUAGAAUAUAGGACUUUCUCCAAUGACCUGAAGAAGCAACAUCUGGGGCCUUGCCAAGCAACAUCCGUGGUGGCACAAAGAAAUAUAUAGUUUUUAAUAAUUUCUCUGUUUUAAAUCUAUUGGAUUGUCUACCCACUGCUAAUACUCUCGGCCAACUUGGGAUUUGUCAGAAGAUAAAACUGACUCAUCUUACACAUGAGUAUGGUGUGGAUUAUCAUGCCAGUUAGUAAUGGGAUUGUUUAUCCUAUUGCUAAGUGUUCUUGCAGAACUUCAGGUUUGUGUAGGAAGAUGAAACUGGUUUGUCACCCGAUAUGCAAAAUUUCAUUAUGCUAUAUUGUGGUGAAAAGGUGUCCCCCAGAGUUGCUGAAUACCCCCGUGUAACUAGCAAAUCUUUCUUGAGUAUGGGCAAUUAUUUGUUAUAGAUCUGUUUAAUUCCAUGUAAUGAAGAAUUGAUGUUUAUUCCAAAGAAUAUUGUUAGGCAACUAAAGCAGAAAAGUAUGUUGGCACCUACAAAUAAGUUGUCCAUUCUUUGAGGAUAGUAAUGAAGUUGUUGGGACAAACCUACCAAUUGUCUCCCAAUUCUGUUGGACCUGCAUGGUAGGUUCUUAAGGUUCAUCCAUGAUGGUACUCGAAAAAGUUCUCUUAAUUGUGAUAUAAUGCAUAUAAAAAUAUUUCUUUGCACGGUUCUGUAAUCAUUUCAAAAUUAGAUUUCUCUUAGGUUAAUUAGGAAUUAUUUUUUACCAGUGUUACUGCAUUAAUCAGAGCUUUAACAAUGAAUUUGAUGGCUAUUUUGUUGCACGGAAGUCCUCGUGGGUCUCCAUGGAGAUUUUUUUUGGACAUUUAUAAAUAUUUGGUUUCCAUGGGACAUUACUUUUUUGAAAGGUUGAUGAGGGUGUUGCAUUUUCUUAUUGUAGAAGAUCGGUAGCGAAGUUUAAUGAAGAUCUCCAUUUUACAUGCCUGUUAUGAAAUUGCCUGAUAUAAACUAUGGAUACAUGGUGUAACCAGUAUGCUUGGUAAAUCAUUGUAAUAGCUUUGUUACCACUACUGCUAAUAUAUAUAUAUGCUCCUUUUUCAAAA